AAAAGAAAGAAGUCUGAUUACACCUCAUUCUCAACUUAUAUUCACAAAUUAUUAAAACAAAUCACCCCAUCCACUGGUAAAUCUGAAAACAAGAAAUUCACCAUCUCCUCAAAAGCCAUGGCUGUUAUGAAUUCAUUCGUCCACGAUAUCUUUGAACGUAUUGCCAAUGAAGCCGGUGGUUUAGCCAAAAAGAAAAAGAGACACACUCUCCACUCUCGUGAUAUUCAAGUUGCUGUCCGUAUCAUUUUAACUGGUGAACUUGCCAAACAUGCUAUUCUCCAAGGUAUGACUGCUGUCAACAAAUAC